GCCCGCGAUGCCCUGCGCCGAUCUGCACCUGUUCGAUCAUGAUGUAUGGCACGCUCAACGUUUGCAAGGCGCUGGCCACUAAGGUGGAUGAGGUUGCAUCCAUUUUUCGCGAGCAGAGCCUGCUUGUGCUUGCGCUCCAAGAGAUUGAUCUGAACAGUGCGUCGGUUGUUUCAGUGACUGCCGCUUUUAAGAGGCAUGGCUUGUGCUUCUUUGCUGGGCCCAGCAACGGGCAGUGCCACUGUGUUGGCUUGGUCGCUUCGCUGGCUUGCAAGCCAUUGGUGCUGCGUGGCAUCUCUGAGCCCUCUCGGGUGGUUGCUGUGCUUACGGAGCUUCGGUGCGAAGCCUCGGUUCGGAAAGUUGUCUUCGCAUCUCUUUAUGGGCAGGUUGGCGAUGCUCCUGCGGCUUGUGCUUUGGCGCGUGAAGUCGUCUUGCAGUUGUCAGCAGCUGGUCACUGCUGGGUUGCUCUAGGGGAUUUCAACAUCACUUUGGAGGAUCCGUGGGCUGGCACGCUGGCUUGCCUUCCUUCUGCCAAGGCUCUUGACGAUGACUUUGCUGGUUGCGGACCGCUUCCUCUGACUUCUCCGGGACGUGUUCGCCGCAUCGACUAUGGCAUUGCUUCUCGCUUGAUUGCUGCCACUGAGGUCGUCUCUUUCAGUGGCUGCGUGGACCACUUGGGCACGGCUUAUGGCCUUAAUCUUUCUGAGCCUCUUGGUUGUGUUGGGCCUGCUCGGGCACCGCUGCGAUCUGCCGAUGUCUUUGAGCACCGGUGGCUUCAGGUGUGGCGUCCGUUUGCUGCUGGCUUUUCCAAGGCAUUGUCUGAGGACUGCUCUCGGGCCUGGGAGAUCCUCUCCACCGCUGCAGAAGAGGCCCUCGUCGUCUCUGAUGGUGGGGACGUCUCUCAUGUGGUCCCUCGUCAUGCCCUCUGGGACCCACGCCGGCCUCGUCACCGACAUCGAGCCUCGUGUGGUCCUGAGUCGUUGCUUUUGGUGCGCCUUCGACGCCUUCAUCGUCGGCUCACUCACUUCGCCAGGGUGCCUCACGAUGCGCCUUUGCGCCGGAAGGUUUGUCUCGACCUCGCCCACCUGGCUGGGACCUUCCCGGCGCUAGAGGCCUUUUGUGGUGAUAAUCCCCUUGGGGCUUUGGAGUUGGUUGCUAGGCUUAAGCAACUUGUCGCUGACGACGAGAAGCAGGCUGCUCUGAAACGUUGGUCCAGGUCCCUUGUGGACGACUUUGGGGCCCAGUGUGCUUGGGUUCGCCGCCGUUGUGCUCUCGAAGAGGAGGUGGAGCAGCGGGCCGUUGCUUUAAAUUUGAUCUGGCACGCCCUUCGUGCUUUGCCUGCUGUGGCCGUGCAACAGGGCUCGUUCCUGUUCGAGGGGGCCGUUCUUAGGGGUUUGGCUAAGCGCAUGAAGGGCAAGGCCUGCGGGGCGGACAACUGGCAUGCCGAAGACUUUCUUCACUUGCCGCUACACUUUUGGGACCAGCUUGCAGCGCUGCGGCAGGCAGUCCUAGAGCGUGGAGAUGUUCCACGGUCCUGGCAAAGAGUUCGCAUCGCCCUCAUCCCCAAACGGGCUGGUGGAUGCAGGCCUUUGGAACAGCUUUCCAGUUGGUCUGGGCAGUGGCUUGAUCACUCUUUGUGUGGAGGAGUGCCAGGACGCAGCAGCAAAGAUUUGAUCUUCCAGCUCCUCGCGGGCAUGCGCCAGCAUCCGGACUCUGUUGUUGUUGCUCAGGACUUGGAAAAAUUUUUCGAUGCCAUCGACCUGCGGGAUCUCCUGCUUGUGCUCGAAAAGCUCUCAGCUCCUCGGCAGCUGUGCUCGUUGGUCGCUGCCAUGUACACCGGUCAACAACGCCUCUUCUUCAGCCGCUCGGGAUUCCUGUCCGAGAGCUGGGUUACGACGAUUGAUCUUAUGAAGGCAUAUGAUUCCGUUAAUCGAAAUGGGCUUUGGGGCAUUUUGCGUGCUAAAGGAGUACCGGAUACCAUGCUCGAUCUUAUAAAAGACUUGUAUACGGGCAAAACUGCGCGGGUCAGUGCGGAGGUUGAGCUCACGGAGGAAUUCGAGCUACGUACUGGCUUGGGACAAGGCUGUUGUCUGGCUCCUUUGUUGUUCAAUGUUUACUUGGCUGCAGUCAUGGAAGAAUGGUACCAUAUUGCGGACACGCAUCUUACGUUGCCCUACCGUAUUGAUGGGAUUUUGCGUAGACAUAUGGAUGAAGUCUCCUUAAACAAGUAUGCGACGUGGGAUCAUAUGAAACUCAGUGAUCUCGGGUGUGCUGAUGAUGCUGCAUUCCUCACGGAUACAUAUGAAAAAUUGGUCACGACAAUUGAAGAACUGCAAUCCUUGUACAAGCAAUGGGGUUUGACCAUGUCGGUGGAAAAAACAGAAGCUUUGGUAUCACAAGGGGAAUUACCGCCACCGAUUCAGGUCGAGGAGAUUGAUGGUUUUGACAAGGUCAAUUUUAAGAAGAACCUUGAGUAUUUGGGAGCAGACGAACAAAUGCAUGUGAACAACGGUCACUUGCGAGCGUGGCUCGGCGUGCCUACGGUAUGUGACAUGAUAGUGCAGGCUCGCACCCGAUGGUUAGGUAAUGUUGGAGUGCCCACACAUGUUGGUAGGCGUACCGGGAAAUGGUUGGCCUUUGAUUUCGUCAAUGAUUUGGAAAUGGCAGGCAUUCCAAUUAGCGGUUGGAUGCAGAUUGCACGAAAACACAACGGGUCUGAGUGGAGGGACAAAGUUUUCCAAAUUGCAAGAUGGUAUACGCCCAAAAAUCCAAAGUCAGGGCAGGAGCCACCGGACCGCAAAAAGGAAAAGGCGCGGGGUGCGCCACACCGCAAUGUCAAGCGCGCAUUCGUAGAACAUGCCAAGAAUCAGCAGGAAUGGUUUGACAAAGAAACUUUCCAUGUUGGAGUUUUGAAGGAGGAGGAUGUGGUCGUUGACAUGACUGAGGUCGUCGUCGUUUACGCUGUAAGCAGCCGGUCCCGUCUGAUCCUGGGAAUGCCGAAUUGGCAAGAUUUCCCGGGCCAUGCUUCCUAUGCGAGGCAUGGCAGUAUCGCAUUUGGUUGCAUAAAGCUGGGCAUAGCAGUGAUGUGCAGGGUCGCACUCUUCGUGUCAGAAAUGGGAAGGGACCGCGAGGACCGGGGCAGGGACCGUGACCGUAGAGGCAAAACGUCAGAGCCACAGAGGGACCACCUUGAAGACGAAGUGCGACGACCAGGCGAAGAGCUACGUGAGCUCAAGGCGAAGCUUGAACGCUCGAGUAACCUGACAGUGUUUACCGCGCGGGAUGCUGGAGAGGCUAAGGCGGCGCUGCAGGUCACAGUCUUCCUCACCGGGCUUUUUCGCGAGCACAUGCAGGGCAUUUUGAGGACGUACCAAGAUGCUCGUGAUCAGGCAUGCGAUGGUGGUGGGGUCGCUUCCGCAAGCACAGGGCGCGUCGAACCGCUGAAAGUCUUGAUGUACAACGGGCUCAUCCAGCAUAUGGUGGCUUACGCCGAGAAGGUGUGCCCGGAGGCGCUUAC